UGUUUUUACGUUUGGAGAAGUGGUCACCAGUAACUUCAAUAUAUUGGAUUCGGCUGCAACGCUGUUUACCCCUGAAACUCCAAAAGUGUCUGGUGAACUCAAUCACUUCACCCACCCCUCCACCUGCAUAGUGGUGAGUAGGUAAUGAGUGACUUCUCAUUUUUUGGGGUGAACUAUUCUUUGAGGCCCUUAUCACAGUGUAGUUUACACACCGUGCCUGGGGGUGUUUAUGGCCCCUGUGGACCCGGGUGAUCUCUCUGUCUAAUCCAGCUUCGGCCACACUCCAGGCACGAGUACAUCCUCAGUGACCCCGGGUCUGCUGCAGUCACCGUGACUCCACCACUAGGCUUCCCCUCGGCCUAUCGCUGCUCUCCCGCAUGCUGACGCCGAGACCCGGAAGUGCCGCCGUCGCUGCAGCUGCUUUGUUUUGUUUUGGUUGUCGGAGUUGUGUAAGAGAGCGACAGGCGGAGUUCGGUCCGGGAGAGGGACACUCUUCAGAUGGGGAGAGUCCAACCGGGGAUGGAAGAUGACGGACCGGUAGCUGACGCCUGCGGGAUGCCGAGUUUCAUCAGCAGCUUCGAGGAGGAAGGGAGGGCGAGACUGUCCCGCAGCCUCGAAACUUCCGUCGCGGACGGCAAAGUUGAGCGGCCGGUCGCAGACGAGCACCGCGGCGUCGGCAGGUCAGACUCCCGGUUGUCGCUCGACGGAGGCGGCGGAAGGAGCGGCGGCGGCGACGAGGGGAAGGAUGCGGGGGGCAACAACAACAACAACUGCAACGGAGGAGAGAGGAGGAGGAGGGCGAGUGCCGUGGAGAUUUUGAGGAGGAAUUUCGGGGUCGUGAAAUCUCCCUCCCUCCGGUUCACCGCUAGCAGGCGGAUGCAGGAAAACAACGACGGUCAUGGAAGCGAGUGUGGCGACUGCAAAAAGUCGGACGUAGAAACGGGCGACGCGGGGAUUAAAAACGAGCCAACCCCGAGCGAGUUGACCACUUUGGAUGCACAUGCGGUUCAGUGGCAUCGAACAUGUGACAGUAACACUGUGAGUGUAGAGGAGACAAUCACUGUCAAACCACAUGUCUACUGCACUGUUUACUGCAUCGCCAACGACGUGCACCGCAAUGAAUCCGCGCACCGCCGCGACGAUGAGGCGGACGCACCUGACACUCCGAACCCGGGCUCCGAGAGGGAGCAGGAGGCGGGUUCGAGUCCGGAGCCGCCGCUGUACACGCUGGACGACCUGGUGGACCCUUUUGGGGACAUUUCCCACCAGUUGUACAAGGAUCAGGACGGUGCGGGGAGCGCGGUGCAGGGCUGCCGGGUGUGCCUGGAAGACAAAACCAUCGCGCCCUUGCUCUGCUGCAGGAUGGCAGUGUGUGAUGAGUGUUUGAAACUCUACGUCAGCUCCCAGGUGCGAGUGGCCAAACCUCACAUUAGCUGUCCGAUCCCGGAGUGCAGUGGCUACCUGAAGGAGAGCGUGGUGGUUUCCCACUUGACCAAUGAGGAUGUGGCCAAAUACCGUUACUUCCUGGAGUUGAAUCAGCUGGAUUCGAGCACCAAGCCGUGCCCCCAGUGCAGUGGCUUCACCUCUCUGAAGAAGCACAACAACCAGUCCGAGCACAAGUACAAGAUUCAGUGUGAGAAUUGCCAGUUUGUGUGGUGCUUUAAAUGCCACGCGCCCUGGCACAAUGGCCUCAAAUGUCGGGACUACAGGAAAGGAGACAAACUGCUACGAACGUGGGCAAGUGUCAUCGAACAUGGACAAAGAAACGCCCAGAAAUGUCCACAGUGCAGGAUCCAUAUACAGCGUACAGAGGGAUGUGACCACAUGACAUGCACACAAUGUAACACAAACUUCUGUUACCGCUGUGGGGAGCGCUACCGACACCUUAGGUUUUUCGGGGACCAUACUUCGAACCUCAGCGUGUUCGGCUGCAAGUAUCGCUAUCUCCCCGAUAAACCUCAUCUGAGACGGCUCAUCAGAGGCUCCGUCUGUGCCACUAAGGUGCUGAUAGCUCCAGUAGCCAUUCUGCUGGUCGUGGUGCUGGGAGCUCUCGCACUGGUGAUAGGUUUGGUGGUUUUCCCCGUCUACUAUGUGUGUAAGAGGAGGAAGAAGCAGCGCACUCAGGGCUCUGGACGGUGGAUCUGAAACCUGCCGCCACACUGCAUCCAGACCACGCAGCUUGAAACGACGACGCCCACAUUUCCUCAGGGACAGACGUGCCAGGCUGAGUCAUCGCAGAAGUAUUAGAGGAACAUCGGAUAUUGAGCAGUAAAUGAGGACGAGGAUAAUCAAGCUGAAAAAGACGUAAAAACCCACACAAAUGUAAGUUGAAUUCUGGAGGAAUCACUGUCUGGUCACAUAACAGAGAACCAGUGUUAAAAUCCCUUAAAACUUAAUAACAUUUCACAGCCAUGAGGACUUUGCCGGACACGUCACUGUAAGUUUCAGCAGCGCACACAUGCAGCUUUUCAGUCUCACAUUUACCGCUGUCUUUCUGGAGAGCAAAUCCAAACAUAGGUAACCGACAGACAUGUUUACGCCCGCACAUGUGAGAAUGCGUUGAAAGAGGAUAUGUUCGGUUACUGAAAGAGAACAUUUUCAAGGAACACUCACUGCUGGAAGAACUGGUGAAUGAUCGGAGGCACUCGCAGGUGAAUAAUGCAGAUAGAAAGGAAAGGAAGCACACACUGGAAAGUAGAAGAACUGAAGUCUGAUGGUUUGGAGGAUGAUGCGACUCUGGUACUCUGGGUGGCUAAUCCGGAUAAAGCUGACUCUGCCUGAGCUCAUGUUCUUGCUUGAAGACGUGAAAGUUGGUUUGCGUGGCUUUUUAUAAACACAAUUACAGCACCAGUGGGAUUUUAGUGAACCUCCAUUGUUCUCUGUUGAGGAUUUCCAUCAACUCCUUCCUCUUAUGUGCCUCUGUCUUCCUCACUUUCUUUUCAUUCUUCCUCGCUGGACGGUGGCUCACACACAGACACACAGACACACACACUCAAACAGAUCACUAUAGACUGGAGACCUGGAGAUUUGCCCCAGUAACUCACACAACAAUCAGCUUUUUCCCAAAUGGGUGACACAGAAACACACACACACACACACACACACACACACACACACACACACACACACCCUCACCCUCCCGACCUGCCAGCUCCUCUCUAUCGCACCGACAUGCUGUAUGCCAGUAUCUGCAUCAUCAAAAAAAAAAAAAAAGCUAAGCUGCUGUGUGGUGAUUGUGCCAAAACAAAACGCUGAACGUGGCAGGACAAACGGUCGACCCCGUCUCUUUGUUAGCUUAGUUUUUUUGUUAUUUUUUUUUUAGGUAGCAGCCCUUUGCAGAGGUUUGGGUGGCGUCUCUCUCUGUGUUGUGGCGUCUGUGCAAGAUCACGCAGGUUGCAGACGUGAUUAUGCACGAGGCAACUGGAAACCAUUCAGAAGCACUUAUGCAAAGAAUUAAAAUGACUGAUCGUAUAAUUUUGCAAAUGGUGCCUGUCGAAACACAGAAUACAGUGUUUGAGGUUUUAAUUUGCUUUUUUAUUGUAGUGGGGAGGGUGGUUUACUGAAACAUAAAUAGGAUGCUUGAUUCUUAUACACGAAUAUAUAUUUAAUAGAAUAGAGGGCGUUAUCAGGUUGCUGUGCACUGGAUAUGUGGUAGAUUUAGUUUGGAUUUAAAUUAUAAGGAGGUCGGGUUUUCAAGCAUUUCAAGAAUCCAUCUGAAAAGUUUGGGGUUUUCUUGAUGUCUUUGGAAGGAAAGGAGGAUUUCUGUUGGCUUGAGAGUUUGUAUAGUGACAUGGUGGUUUUUAACACACUCACACCUCUUAACUCAUUUACACGCACCUAAGCAAGCUCACACAAGUGGCGCUGCCAGGAAGCAGGAGAUUUUCAAGAGCUUUAAAGGUCGUCACCUGGCAGCAGCCUGUUCUCUGUCCUUCACUUUAUCCCUCUGUCCUUUCCUCCCUGCUGUCAUUCCUUCAUUUAUUGUGUUUCACUGCUUUUUCUCUGAUCUCUCACUUUGCUAAACAUCUAUUGUCCACCUGGAUUUACAUCCCUCUGACCUCAGCUGUGAGAGGAGGCGGGGAGGAUGCCAGUAACGUUACGAAAGGCUCUAUUUUACAAGAGUAGGUGAACAUCCACUGGAGCUGUGGCUGAAAAAGCUGGAGGCUCUGAUAUGUGGGGAUAGCACAGAGCUACAUGUGGUGCACGCUGCGGUCGAGCACAGAGGGGUUUGUUUUUAUCCCAUCACUUCAUGGAGCUAUCUUUUCUAUGUUGCUCUUUGUGCACAUUUUAAUGGAGAGACUAGAUGAAAACAGAAGGUUGAGGAAAAGCACAAUAUGUCUGCACAGUGAGUACAGUGAUGAAAAAGUUAUGGAGUGAGACAAUGAUGAAAGGUUGAGGAGGAACCUGCAGUGCAUUUUGGUUAAGGCUGCACUGUUAAUCAUCUUUAAAUCUUAAUUCACACUUAUCUGUGAUCUCAUUUUGAAUUCUGCUGAAUUUUACUUUGGGACAUCAGCUGUAUCAAAACAAGUGCUUCUACUUUUCCCCCCAAAGAAUUUUAAGAGCCCCCGAAAUGCGGCAUUAUCUAUUCUUUCUCCCUCAGCCAAUGACAAUGCAGUGUCACGCCUGCGUGAUGAAGAAUAAAAGUAAAACAGCAGUGAAAUAGACAAAGAAAUCCCAGCUGAGAAAAUUGUGAUUCUCAUUUUUCCCAAAAUGCUGCAGCCCUAAUGUUGCUCACCAGUUACAGGAAUAUGUUACAGAAUGGUUCAUCUCUGAAUCCUCACUAAAUCCAGGAUUUAAGGUGUAAAGGAAAAGCAGGGUUGAUGAUGAAGUUGUGCACAUGGUACAUUUUUCCAGCUUCAGGGAUCUGAAACCUUUUUCUACUGUCUAGUGCAGUGAAACUGUACAUACAAUGUUCCUGAAGGACAGAGAGUGAACUGCUCCACACUGAUUUCACAAGAGGUUCUGAAUCUGGGGUUUGAAUGAACUCUCAGGGAGUCUGUUUUUUUCUGUUCACUCUCCGCACACACGAGCUGUGCCACAAAAAAUAGCCAAGAUUCAAAAUGCUGACUGAUACAUUUACCUAGAGCUGCCUAGCAACUAUGUUAAUUCUAGGAAGUAAAAAAAGAAAGUCAUCUUGUGUCAGCGUUUCUGCGGCCGUGUUGUGAAUCCCAGACUGAAAACGGGAACUAGAAGAAAAUGUGUUUUGAUGAAUCAGCACUGGGAAAAUGAAUGUGUAGGUUUUUUUGGCCAAACAAAAAAGCUGUUGUUGACUUGAAAUGUUUUAUCGCCUAAUGUGUUGUAUCUAACUGCUUAUUUCGCACGACACUGACAUGUUGGUUUGAUUGACAUGUGACUGAAGCAUGUAGCGUGACGGAUGUUUGUACUUUUGAUUGUUUGCAGUACAGGGAAAUGUAUCAGCAGAGGGAAACCAGGUGAAUUUACAAGAGGCUGUUUUUUUUUUUUUUUUAGGACUUGAACACAACAUGUUACCAAAAGGAGUUGUGCCCAACCUAGAGAUGAUUUAUCUUGUGAUCAUUGCCAGAAAAUUUCACAAAAAACACAUCAUUUGCUCUGCAGCUUUCCGUGAGCAUGAGUUUACUGUCACAGUUAUGAAUGUGUUGCAUCUAUUUAGCUGCAGGACAAAUGUAAAUGAUAUGGUUUUCUAACACUUUGGUAUUUGUUACAGUUCAUCCACCCAGAUCUGAUGUCCUACUCUUCUGUUCAUGUCUGUUCAUGCUUUAGAAUUCUGCCCACUGAUGCAAUGUAAAGACUUAUCACCGCAUAUUACUAACUUCAACACCGACAUGAACAAUAAUUUUGGUUGAAGCUUUACAUGCUAAAAAAAAAAAAAAAGCUCUGUGUUGUUCCCUCAGUGACCUGAGAGUUGUUUUAGCCCGUUAGUUUUCUUUGCCAGGGUGUAUUGGCAGGCUGAUGCCCCUGGUUCUUUUUUAGUUUGUGUUCCAGUCCCAGUAAUGUUUGCGUAAAUAUGCAAUGGUGCCUUCACAGCCAUUAUUGAUCAGGGUUUGACAAGCUGUGGUUCAGGUUGAAAAUGGGAGUCUAAUCUAUCACAGCUAGGCCAUGGAAGAGUUGUUUUAAGAGGAAAGCUGAAGACCAUCUUGUGAUGAGACACCCGAUGUUCCAAUCCAUGAGUUUUAUAGUAUAUUUAAUGAUUACUCAGUACUAAUGGGUUGGAGCUUUCUAAUCUUUAAACACUUCAUUUGAUCUAAAUUACACACUGAUAAAGAUUCACACCUGCAGUUGUGAUGCUCAUGACAAAAUCUGUCAACGGACACACUGACUGAAACAGCUGCUGAAUGGCACACACACAAACACAUAGGACAAAAACUAAACCCACCAUGUUGUUGCAUUUGUUAUGUAGAGGUGAAUCUCAAUAAAUCUGAAUAUCGUGGAAAAGUUCAUUUUUUCCAUUAUUUAAUUCAAAUUAUUUUUUUAUAGAAUAUAUUCUAGAUUUAUUAGACAAAGAGUGAAAUAUGUCUUUUGAUUCCAAUUAUUACGGCUCACAUCUCAUCUACAUAAAAAUAUUUGAAUAUUCCUAAAAUCAAUCCAAACAGGAUUCAUAAUAAUGUCAGGCAGGUUGGCCGGCCAACCAAGCACCGUAAUAUGGUCCGCAAACCAGUUCGUCUAGAAUAUACACAUUUUUCCUUUGUUAAACUGCUGUUGAAAAAAAUACUGAACAUUUUCAAGAUAUUUGAACUUUUUUGAGAUGCACCUCUACUUUAGAAGUCUGGACUCCAAAUUUAAGAGAACAGUGAAUGGAACCAUUGUUUAAUACAGCCGUCAAUCUGUUAACCAGCACAGAGCAAUGUCCAGGUCGAUCAGGCUUUUUGAUAACUGUGUGAUUUAUCUUGAUAAAACUAGAAAUUCAAAGAAGAAACCUAAUGUCUACAUCCAGGAUGAAACUUUCACCUGUGGCUCAUACUAACCUCACUGUUUUGACUGUUUAGAUUAAAAGGAGGAAACACCCUCCACAUUAAAUAGUUGCCAUCGGGCUGGUUUGAGACUAACACGCUUAGUGAGGAUGGUGAUUAAACCAAAAAGAUGCGUCAUUUGCAGGAAAUCAAAUGUCCAUUUCAAGACAAUCACACAGAGGAAUUUUAACUCAGGAGGCCUGUUGGUGUUCAGUUUGCAGUACUCAGUGUACUCGCUGAAAAAAACAGAAUCUUAUUUGUACAUGUAUGACACUUUUAAUCAAGGGUGUUUCUAUACAGAGAAAUGCCUUAAACUUGAUGUGAGUGCUCUUUGUUUGCACCCAAAACCCACAUUCUUCCACCUGCUGCCACUGAUAAUCUGUCUGCUGAUAUUAUUAUUAUUACUGUUCACUCAGCCAGGCACGACGAUCUGACGGAGAAUAAAUACAACUGGAUCAAAGUGUCUCAGUCUGACUUAUUUAAUGUGAAUAUAUGACACCACAAAAACAAUAGUUUAUUGCUUUUAUUAUUUUAGUAUUUUUUUUAGGAUAUUGAGUGUAUGUGGCCUUCAGUAUAAACAUCUGUAGGUCUGUCACCAUGUCUCUCACCAGUCUCCCUCUCUAUCUGUGACCACAAUUGUGACUACAGUUUAAUGCCAACAGGGGUCGCCAUUGUACCAUAGGAGCCCAUUACCUUGAUUUCUAAAUUGAACAAUGAGUGCAUUACAAGUAUAUACAUUGUAACAGAAAA